CGUAGUUUCCUUCCGGCUUUCUUGCUGGUGUCGGCUCCGAGAGAUCUGGCUUAUCUGGACUCUGCGGUUCUCCAAAGAGAAAUCUUGAAAAGGACUGACCAGUUCUUGCAUUUUGAAACCAUGGCCCAUGGUUCAGUGACAUUCAGGGAUGUGGCCAUAGACUUCUCACAGGAAGAAUGGGAAUUCCUGGACUCGGCUCAAAGAGACUUAUAUAGGGAUGUGAUGUGGGAGAAUUAUAGUAAUUUCAUCUCACUUGCAGAACCUUCCAUUUCUAAACCAGAUGUGAUUACCUUAUUGGAUGAAGGGAAGGAGCCCUGGAUGGUUAUAAGGGAAGGGACCAGAAGACACUACCCUGAUUUGGAGUCCAGAUACAGGACCAAUACGUUAUCUCCAGAAAAGGACAUUUAUGAAAUAUAUUCAUUCCAGUGGGAGAUAAUGGAAAGAAUUAAAAGUUACAGUCUUCAGGACUCCCUUUUUAGAAAUGAUUGGGAAUGCAAAGGCAAGAUUGAGGGGCAAAAGGAACCACAAGAGGGAUAUUUUGGGCAAGUGAAAAUUACUUCUGAAAAAAUGACCACUUACAAAAAGCAUAAUUUUCUUGCUGAAUAUCAGAGAAUUCAAAAUGGAGAAAAGUUGUAUGAAUGUAAGGAAUGUAGGAAGACCUUUAUUCGCCGCUCAACACUUAGUCAACACCUGAGAAUUCAUACUGGUGAGAAACCUUAUAAAUGUAAGGAAUGCGGGCAGGCAUUUAGACAGCGUGCACACCUUAUCCGACAUCACAAACUUCAUACUGGUGAGAAGCCCUAUGAAUGUAAGGAAUGUGGGAAGGCCUUUACAGUGCUCCAAGAACUUACUCAACAUCAGAGGCUUCACACUGGUGAAAAGCCCUAUGAAUGUAAGGAGUGUGGAAAAGCCUUCAGAGUACAUCAGCAACUUGCUCGACAUCAGAGAAUUCACACUGGUGAGAAACCCUAUGAAUGUAAGGCAUGUGGGAAGACCUUUAGGCAGUGUACACAUCUUACUCGACAUCAGAGACUUCAUACUGCUGAGAAGCUCUAUGAGUGUAAGGAAUGUGGGAAAGCCUUUGUAUGUGGUCCAGACCUUAGAGUACAUCAGAAAAUUCAUUUUGGUGAGAAACCUUAUGAAUGUAAGGAAUGUGGAAAGGCUUUUAGAAUAUGCCAACAACUUACUGUCCAUCAGAGUAUUCAUACUGGUGAGAAACCCUAUGAAUGUAAGGAAUGUGGAAAGACUUUUAGACUAAGGCAGCAACUUGUUCGCCAUCAGAGAAUCCAUACUCGUGAGAAACCCUAUGAAUGUAUGGAAUGCUGGAAGACCUUUAGUAGUUACUCACAACUUAUUUCACAUCAGAGCAUUCAUAUUGGUGAGAGACCGUAUGAAUGUGAAGAGUGUGGGAAGGCCUUUAGAUUGCUCUCACAACUUACCCAACAUCAGAGUAUUCAUACCGGUGAGAAACCCUAUGAAUGUAAGGAAUGUAGAAAACCUUUUAGACUGCUCUCACAACUUACUCAGCAUCAGAGUAUUCAUACGGGUGAGAAACCUUAUGAAUGUAAGGAAUGUGGUAAGGCUUUUAGACUUUAUUCAUUCCUUACUCAACACCAGAGAAUUCAUACUGGGGAGAAACCCUACAAAUGUAAGGAAUGUAAGAAGGCCUUUAGACAACAUUCACACCUUACUCAACAUCAGAAAAUUCAUAAUGGAGUUUAAAACAAGAAGGCCUUCAAUUGUACAUUAUGUAACAAUAUCAGAAAAUUCAUUUUUGAGAAAUUUGUUUCAUGCUUCAACUAAGUGUAAGAAAUUUUAUAUUAUUGGGAAAAAAAUGUUGCUUUAAAAGCCUUCCAUCACCUUUCAGAUGUUUAUCUUUGGCAAAUUCAUUUGAGGGAAUAAUACAAUGAAUGUAGGAAAAACUUUAGCCUUAUCUGUCAUUAUCCCAUUUCACCACUUUAUUACCAGUGUGUUAUUGGACAAGGUACUUAAACUUCUGUGCCUCAUUUUGCUCACUUGUAAAAUGGUGAUAAUAGUACCUAUGUAUAUUAGUUAUUUAUUGCUGUAUAAUAAAUUACCACAAACCUA